AUGGCGCGAGGCUUAAUCCUUUCAUCACCAGCAACACUCCUCACUGCAAAUUCUCUCAAACUUUCACCCUUUUCCUACCUUCUGCACCAUCGCUACAAUCCCAAUUCUUCCUCUAUUUCAUCAUCAUCUCUGUGUUCUUCCACUUCCCAACAACGCUCAAUCGACAUCUCCAAAUUCAGACAAUCAUUUUCCAACCGAAUGGACAUGGCUGGAAUCAAACCCCACCACCGAGUUGCUUUGGGUGUCUCUGGUGGCCCUGACAGUAUAGCACUCUGUGUGUUAACUGCUGGAUGGAAAACUGCUGCUGUUAAUUCUGUUGGCACUGAUCAUAGUGGUUUCAUUCCCGGUCUGUUGGCGAUAAUUGUUGAUCAUGGACUACGCGCCGAGAGCAAAGACGAGGCUAAUGUUGUUCGUAACCGUGUUUCUGAAAUGGGAAUCAGAUGUGAGAUUGUCAGUUGUGAUUGGCCAAGCGGAAAGCCAAAACAGGGUCAAUUGCAAAAAGCUGCUCGUGAAAUGAGGUACCAAGUCUUUCAUGAUGUUUGUGCCAAACACCAGAUUGGAGUGUUGCUUAUUGCACAUCAUGCUGAUGACCAGGCCGAGUUAUUUAUUUUAAGGCUUUCUCGAAGUAGUGGUGUGCUUGGACUUGCAGGCACACCUUUCACCUCCCAGAUUUUCCCUAUGCAUACGCAUUCGUACGGUGAAGUUCCGACAAAUCAAGGCAUCCUUCUUGUGCGGCCGCUUUUGGAUUUUUCAAAGGAAGAUAUGUACAAGAUAUGUCAAGGUAGUACUGAAGAGUGGGUAGAAGACCCAACAAAUCAAAGCAUGUUGUUCACCCGCAAUAGAAUAAGAAUGGCACUGAAUUACUUGUCAUCUUUAGCAUUCAAGCAUGAACUCCAAAGAGUGAUUUCUGCAUGUCGAAAAACACGUGCGUAUGUCGAUCAAGUUUGCCAUAGCUUGAUACGUCAUGCCGUGGUUAUCAAUGAUCAUGGAUACGCCCUUAUUGAUUUGCAAAUCCUCUGUCCUUCAAAAAUUGAGGACAUAUGCUUGAUGAAAUUUCUUUCCUUGGUCUUGCAGUUUAUAUCACAAAGACAGAGGCAAAUAAGAGGCAGUGCUUUGAAAUUGCUAAUGGACUACAUAGGUACUUUUCCAUGCAAGAACUCGAUUACUGCCGCUGGUUGUUACCUUUGUCCGGAUCCUGGUUCUAGAGGGUCCAGAGUCCUGGUUUGCUGUUCUGUUGACUUUGCUUUGCCUUUAAAGAUGGAAUUUUUUGAGACACGCUCUUCCGGACAACGAGAAUUUUGUGUUAUCAAUGAGUCACGGAAGAUUAUAGAGGAUGGAAAAUCAUAUGCAAAUCAUUUGGUUCUAGAUUCAUCAGAUAUCCACUUUUUGGAUGUGAAUAAUGAAUCAGUUCUGGAUGAAGCUAAAAGGCUAAACAUAAUCAGUGAAUCAACCUACAGUAGCAUUCGAGGACUGCAGAAACAGGAAACUGAUCGCUUCAGGUCUAAAGUUGGAGCCAUUUCUGACUUUACAUCAAAGCAUGAAGUUGAAUUUGUUACCCCUUUUGGCAAAUCAUUUCAGCCAGGGAAGUCCUGUUACUUCAUGGACCGAUUCGUUUUAAUUUGGAAGUUGAAUGAUAAAAUGGAUACCGACGUGGUUUCUGGUUUAGUUGAUUAUGACAUGGAUUUUAGUGGAGAUUCACAAAAUUUUUGUGUAGUUGAUCAUGAUCAAGUUCUUGAAGUGCGGCACAUGAUUGAAUCCGAUUGGUUGUAUCUGGCCGAGUUAUCCAAGUAUUCUCUAUCGGAAAACUUCACGGAACAUGAGGUUAUGUCAGCUAACGGAAACGUGAAGACGAAGGAGAAAACAGCUCCAUAUUUGCACUAUGCCGGUUUAUCAGCAAAAAAAGCUCUAGUUUUGUUAAAAUCUAUCCCAGUUGCUGCAAGGAAAAGCUUACCUGUUCUGAUCAAUCAAGACGGAAAAUUAAUAAGCAUUCCAAGUGUCAAUUUCAGGCAAUGCCCUUGUUUGAUGGUGCAUGUGGAAUUUAAGCCAAAAAUUCCACUUGGAGGAGGUCACAAGUCAUUCAUAUAG